AUGAAUAUCAUUGACGAGGCCGAAUAAAAACUUCAAAAGAGUGUUCAAUAAAAUAAAUAAGCCCAAAAAAAAGAACUUAGGCCUCGUUCGAAUAUAGUCCCUGGGAUAUUCUAAGAAUAUAAAAGAACAUACAUAAAAGUGCCACCUGUUUCGAAGGAUUAAUUGUCUCGACUUGUACUCAAGGAAGGGUUUAAAAUUAAAGAAGCCGCAAAGAAGCUCUAAAUCAAGUAUGCCACAGCUAAAACUAUUAUAUUCCAUCUACGGGAGGAAAAGAAACAAAUUAUCUAGGUAGGAUCGAAGAUGUGCUCAUACACUGAACUACAAUCAGGUAUGAUUUCGAAGUUGAGAAUUAUUUCAACAGCCUCUAAUGAUAUAAUUUCAAAUGUGGAGUAUCAAUUAGUCCCUGUAAAUCAAUUACUAAUUCAAUGA